UUUUCUUGUAUUUAUAAAGUGUAUAUAGCCAACCGUCCUUAUUCCCAUCGAAGAGAAACAAAAGAAAAAAAAAAGAAGAAAAGAAGAAGAAGGCGAAAAGAGCAAGCAAACCCUAAUCUCUCUCUCUCAAAAAAAAACUUACGUUUCAGGUAUGGGAGAUCUCAUCGCUAUCACAGAUCAUAAUCUUUUCGAUGAAAGAAACAAAGCGAAACAAUCAGCUAAGCCGAUUGUCGGUGAAUUUAAUAAAAGCAGAAUCCACUCCUAUGGGCCAAAUCGUUUAAUUUGCACAGGCUUCCAGUUCCUGUACGUGGAGAUAUUGUAGGAUUGGUCGGACCUCGCAGUAUUGGAAAAACUACUGCUCUCAAAAUCUUGGCCGGGGAACUCACACCCAAUCUCGGCCGCUUCAAUGAUCCUCCUCUUGAUUGGCUAACAAUUCGGACUCACUUGCAUGAUAAACAUCUUAGAAGAUUCUUGGCCCAGGUUGUAAACCAUAAACUCAAGGUCGUGUUUAAGCCCCAACAAGUCCCACAAGACUAUAUGGGGCUUGCUGUCUGGGAGAUUCUUCGUAAAGUCGACGACAGAAAAGAUUUAAGGGCUCUUAUACUUUGUUUUCUCGACUUGAAGACCCCGUCUGUGAAGUUCCACCGUUUAGAUAUAAGAGCGCAGCACAGGGUUACUCUCGCUGCAGCUCUCUUGCAGGACGCUGAUGUGUACAUAUUUGACGACAUAUCUAGUUUCCUUGAUAUGCGUCAGAGGUUCAUGGUUGCCCAACUCAUACGCUCUCUCAAAACCGCUAAAAGCUACGUGAUUGUUGUGGACAAUGACCUUAGUGUCAUCGACUAUGUUUCGGAUUACAUGUACAUUAUGUAUGGGGAACCUGAAGCAUAUGGUGUCUUUAGUGAGCAGUACUUUGAUGUCGAAACAGGAAUUGAAUAUUACUUGCGUGGGUUUGAUCCCAUAGAAGACAACCUUAUCAGGGUGACCCCCUCAUCUUCGAGAGGGAUUUUUUCAUUUCUGCUCCCAAUGAAAAGCACCUCGAGCCCGACCCCGAACCUUUGAUCGGUAGAAGAUACUCUUAUCCUCACAUGACUACAAAUCAUCUGAAACUCAAGAUGAAAGUGGAAGGAGGGAAUUUACACGACUGUCAGAUUCACCUAGUGCUGGGAGACCAGGGUACAGGGAAGAGCACUUUCAUAAAAUUGCUGGCUGGUUUUCUGCCACCAGAUGGUGUAGAACCGUGGUGCCCAGAAUAUUUGGAAUCAUACAAACCGAAAGAAAUUUCGUUUAUCAGAGCCUGUACAGUCAGGGCAGCGCUAGAAACGCGAUGUUUUCACCAUCGGUUUGUAUCAGAUGUGAUUGAGCCACUUCAGAUUGACCGGUUGAUGGGUCGGAAAUUGACCUCACUCUCGCCUGGAGAAAGGCAGAGAGUUGCCAUAACUUUCUGUCUGAUGAAGGACGCGCAUGUGUAUCUGAUCGAUGAGCCAAGCUUGGAUCUGGACUCGGAUAUGCGUAUCAGAGUCGCAUUAGCUAUAAGGAAGCACAUUCUACGCAUACAGAGAGCCGCUGUUGUUGUGGAGAAUGAUUUUUUGAUGGCUGCUUAUUUAGCAGACAAAGUAAUUUUGGUUGAACCAUCCAUAGAUACUGCUUCUUGUCUCCCUCGUGAUAUCGCACGUCCAGUUUCCGGCUUUUCUGUUUCUGCUGGUCGUGUUAACCGACGUCCAGUUUCCGACUUUUCUGUUUCUGCUGGUCUGCGCCCACUUGUUAACGGACCUUCAGUUUCCGGCUUUUCUGUUUCUUCUCCAUGCGACCGUGUUGCUGGGUUCAACCUUUUGCUGGAGAAACUGAAUAUCACAUUCAGACAGGUUCCGAACAGCUCCAGAUUAACACCAAGGGUCAACAAAGCAGGGUCCAUGGAGGACAAGACCCAGAAACUUAAUGGCAACUUCUACUACAAUCUGGCUUGAUUGAUUCUAAGCUUAAUAAAAUAAUAAAUCAAAAAUCGUACCUUCUCUCCAGUGUUGUGUGCUCCACUUGUUGUGGUUUCUGCAUCAAACACUUGUGUUUCUUUGUUGUUUAUUGUGUUUCUUUGUUGUGCAUCACUUUGUUGUUUAUCGUACCUUAUUCUCACCUUUUCAUAUCCUCUUGGGGGAGUACUUUGCAGAUCAUUUCGAACCUAAUAAUUAUCGAAGGAAUCGAGUUUGAUGAUU